CACUAGAAGGGGAGGAAGAUUAAUCGCUGCGUUAUUGUUUGGUUGAGUACAUCCCCUCCCCCCAACAUUAUCGUGUUUGCUGAGUGGAGAUAACUAUCUCAUCUUGUCCCGGGCAAUGAUGAUAGCACUAAAGGCUACAAACAAGCUUGAUUUCGUGGAUGGAACCAUUCCAUGACCAGUAGCGGGAGAUCCCAACUUUGAUCACUGGGAGAUGUAUAAUUCAGCAUUGUUCUUGUGGAUUUUCAAUACUUUGGAAAAGGCUCUGCAGUCAGGAGUGGUGUACGCCGACAAUGCGAAAAUUUUGUGGGAUGACUUGUGAGAGAGAUAUUCGCAGGGAAAUGAAAGUACGGCUUAUCAGCUCAAAGUCGACAUUUGCCUCUUGAGGCAGGAAGGUUUGGGUAUUGCUAUUUAUUAUUUAAGGCUUAAGGCAUUAUGGGAUGAACUUGACAACUAUUUGCAGAUUCCCGAGUGUAAUUGUGCUGCAGCUGGGAGAUAUACCGCGCAAGGGAGAGAAGAAAGGCCCAUUAGUUCUUGAUUGGGCUAGGUCCCAAGUGUAGCACGAUGAGGUCCAAAUCCUGAGCGCAGACCCACCUUAUACCCUCAAAAGAACUCUACCAAUUAUAUUGCACACACAAGGAGAGCCAAAAACAAGUGGCUCGUUCUCAUGAAACCGAACCUGAGGUGGGGGUUUUUUUGGCAAAUUGGGGACGGGAACGAAGCAGGAAGGAGGUGCAUCGAGCAGCAGCAGCGGUAAGGCUUGUUACUACUGUGGCCGAGUCAACCAUAUUAAGAUUCAAUGUUGGCAGUUGCAUGGGAAUCCAUCGAGCCAGGAUGCUGGCCAGUGGAGAGACAAAAGGAAGAAGCUGAUGGGAGGGAAGAGCAGCGGCAUAGGGGCAGUGACACCAGCAGCCCCGAAGCCAUCUCCAGCCAAUCGGCAAAAGGGUCCUGGUGGCUACAAGGCACACGCAGCCCAAGUGACGCAAUCAGUCGUGUGAUUGAAUGGACUGUUGACAAUGGGGCCUCUCGACAUAUGACAGGGAGGGCAAAUAUUCUUACUGAUUUAUCACUUCUGGCAAAGAGGUUGCCAGUGGAUAUUCCUAAUGGAGACUUGGUUCUUAGGGUCAUACACAAACAAUCCGAGUUAAGCAUGAAGUUAUAGUCCAUUAUUAUAACUAGAGAAGUAAGUAUGUACGUAUAAUGAAUGGAGUAAUUUUUUUUUUA